UGAGGUCAGAGCUGUGUGCCUGCACAGCCCUGUGGCACAGGGACAGAACCCACGGCUGCCCUGUGGCUGCUGCACUGGGCAGACCCCACUGAAGGGGCUGAGGGUGCAGAGCUGAGCCCAGAGCCCGGAGAUGGUGAGAAAGGCUCCCCCCAGAAGACGUCGUGGGUCUGCCAGACGCUGCUUGGGCUGUGAGGAUGAGGUGGCAGAGGUGACAGUGGAGUUGAGAAGCAGCUGUGCAGAUGCUCCACUCACUGCAGCUCUGGUGAACCUUCAUCUGGAAAAGGUCAAAGAAAUUGCAAGGAUGUUCUUGAGGCAGAUUUGUCAACUGGCAGAUGACCUUGUCUUCCUGGGGAGAAAUCAUCUGAGCCCAUACAUCCUCAAGGCGCGAAAGAUAGUCCAGCAGAAGAAGAGCUUUAAAGUCUAUGCCUUGUUGCUCUCAGUGUAUCUUGCUGGAGUUUUCUGUGGGACUUCCCUGCCAGCGUGGACACUACUGACAAAGGGACUGAUGCAGGAGCUGACAAGUGUAUUUCCAGUGGGCUUGAAGACCUUCUGGAAUUCAGACACGUUGACUGAAACCCAAAAGCUGCAGCUUCUACUGGAGGAGCUUUCCCAAGAAUUGACCAAGAUGACUUUGGAAUCCUAUGUCAAGACUGACUGGGCCCUGAAGAGCUCUGGAGCCACCAUUGACACUCAGAGAACUUCCCAGACCUACGACUGCAGAGAGAGUUGGGUCUGCAGGAUUUUAUACUUCUUCUGGACUGCCAACCCUCCUGAUACUAUUCUGCAGCCAAAUGUUUCCCCAGGAAGCUGCUGGGCUUUCAGUGGGCAUCAGGGCCAGGUGGUCAUCAAGUUGCCAGCACGAGUCCACCCUACUGCCAUCACAGUGCAGCACAUCACCAAAGACGUCUCUCCAAGUGGGACCGUCAUCAGUGCCCCCAAAGACAUCGCUGUCUUUGGAGUGGAUGCAGACGGAGAAGAAGAAUCUCUCCUGGGGACAUUCACCUACAGCGUGGAAAAAGAGCCCAUGCAGACUUUCCCUCUGAAGGAUGUGCUGCCUCCCAGAGCCUUUUCAUAUGUCAAACUUCUCGUGAAGAGCAACUGGGGAAACCCGUGGUACACCUGCAUUUACCGAGUGCAGGUUCAUGGAAGGAUGGAAACCCAGAAAGCCUCAACCAAGAUCCAAGAUGAAUGAGGAAGAAAAUGCAAAAGAAGAAAGGGCAGGGGGUGUGAGGGACUGAAAAAAAAGUUAUUAAAAAGUU